ACUGUUACUAGGGAUCUGCCCGGCGGCUCUCGUCCCAGCCUAUGAGGAACGAGUGCCAUUCUACCGUCAUCGUCCAUGGAGCCGGUGUGGGAGACGGCUAGCGCGCGGAGCGACACGGCGGCCGCGACCGAGGAGGAGGAGGCCGGCGGCGUGGAGGAGACCGUCAAGGUGUUUGUGGCCGUGCCGGAGCAGCACAAGAACGGGCAGCUCACGCUCGCUUGGGCGCUCCGCAAUCUCCCCGACGUGGCCCCGACGGCCGCCGACGUUGAGGUGGUGGUCGCCCACGUCCAUGUGCCGGCCAAGAUGAUCCCAGUGAUGGGAAGCAAGUUCCACGCAAGCAAGUUGAGUUCAGAGCUGGUCCGCUCGUACAGGAAUCGCGAAAGAGUCAAGGCGGACAAGCACUUGGACGAGUACAUCCGCCAGUGCUCCAAAAUGAAGAUCAAGUGUCAGAAGCUUUUUAUCGAGAGCGAAGAUGUCGUGAAGGGGAUCAUGGAGCUCGUUUCGCUGCACGGCGCGAGCAAGCUCGUCAUGGGAGCAGCCGCUGACAAGCACUUCCCUAGAAAUCCCAGGAGGAUGUUGGUGCCUAGGUCCAAGACGGCACUUGAUGUCAUGGGGCGGGCUCAUCCUUCAUGCAAGAUUUGGUUUGUAUGCAGGGAGCAUCUCAUAAGCAUCAGCGAGGAUGGUGCUCUCAGAAGCCCGAUACUAACUCCGGCUGUUGUACCCGCACGUCGAAGCCCGAUACCAGCUUCGUCUAUCGUAGCCGCGCGUCGAAACCGGUACGCAAGCAGCAACAAUGCAGUCGACGGCUUGAUCCAGAGGUCCAUGUCCGAGAAAGUGGCGCCCUUAUGGCUGCCUUGCCGGUCAGCCAUACGAAGAACUCUCAGAAUCCUCAGCAUGGAGCACGUCUCCGUGGGCUCCUGGGACAGCGUCCCAACAGAGAGCGUCCCGAGCUCGUGCCGCGAGGAGGCGUCGAGCGAUUCUUCCAGCUCCUUCGAACUGCCGAUAGAUGACGUCUUCACCAUCCAUGAGAAAACUGCACCGUGCCACGAUGAUCAGCCCAAGAAAACUGAGGAUGUGCCCAAGCAGGAGGAGGACAUAGCCAAGGCAAAAGAGGACAUACCACUGUCCAUGGAAGAGGUGGAGGCACUGAAACGUGAACGCGACGACGCGGUCCGUAAUCUCUCCGAAGCGAAUCAAGCCAAGGCGGAACUGGAGCAGCGAGUCGUUGAUCUCAAGGAGCGGACAUCCCUCCUCGACUCGCAGCUCAAGCUCUCGGAGGAGACGCGCACCAUGGGGCCAGGCUUGGAUUUUGCAUGGUGCAGUGAGUUCUCCCUGUCGGAGCUGCGGCAGGCGACGAGGAACUUCAGCGAGGCCACCAAGGUUGGCGAAGGUGUGUACAGAGGGGUGCUGCGCAACACCACGGUGGCGAUUAAGAUGCUCCACUCUCACAGCUCGUCGCAGUUCCAGCAAGAGGUUGGUGUUGUAAGCAGAGUGAGGCAUCCAAACCUGGUGACUCUGAUGGGCUGUUGCCCGGAGGCAUCGGCUCUGGUGUUCGAGUUCCUGCCAAACGGGAGCCUGGAAGACCGCCUGGCACGUCGAGACCACACGCCGCCGCUGGCAUGGCAGGCCCGCACGCGGAUCAUCGGCGAGGUGUGCUCCGCGCUCGUCUUCCUCCACUCGUGCGAGCCACGGCCGGUCACCCACGGCGACCUCAGCCCGUCCAACAUCCUCCUGGACGCCAACCUGGUCAGCAAGCUCGGCGACUACGGCGCCUCCAGCCUCCCGACCAUGACCAACCCGGGCAGCUCGCCGUACACGGACCCGGAGCUCCUGAUCAGCGGGGAGCUGACGCCGGGCUCCGACGUGUACUCCUUCGGCGUGGUCGUGCUCCGGCUGGUCACGGGGCACCCGGCGCUGGGCAUCGCGAGUAAGGUGGAGGAGGCGCUGGAGAAGGGCGAGAUGGAGGCGCUCGUCGACCGGUCGGCCGGCGAGUGGCCGUUCCCGCAGGCCGAGAAGCUCAUGCUGCUCGGCCUGCAGUGCGCCGAGCUCAGCAGCAGGAGGCGCCCCGCGCGGAUGAGCCAGGUGUGGAGGGUGGUCGAGCCCCUGGCAAAGGCGGCUUCCAUGCCAGCCGCACCAGAGUCUCUUGUGCGUUCCUUCGGUGAGAGCCACAUGCCGUCCUGUUUCAUCUGCCCAAUUUCUCAGGAGGUUAUGAGGAACCCUCACACAGCGGCAGACGGCUACACCUACGAGGCGGAGGCGAUCAAGGGGUGGCUCGACAGCGGGCACGAGACGUCCCCCAUGACCAAGCUGCCUCUUGUGCACCGUCACGUCACCCCGAGCUAUGCUCUUCGUUCCGUCAUACAAGAUUAUAUGCAACAACAUCAACAACAGUUGCCACCGGGAUCAGACCGGUCAACUUGAUGCAUUCUUCACAUCAGGAGUUAAUCGUUAUGUGCCCUUGUUUAGAAGUCAGCACCGCAUUUGGGGUAUAUAUUAGUAGUAUGUUGUUUUAGGGUUUGUGAGUUCCAAAAUGCAAUCUACUUUGCAUGUUUCCGGA